AUGCUCCUCGCCUUCUCUGCCCUUUCCUCCCCUACGGAUCCCCCAGUGGUAUCCUCCUUGCCGCUCCAGUACCUGCCCUCCUCUGCUUCUUGUGUGUGUCCCCCCGCAGAUGGCAUGUGUGGCUACGACAGACUCAACCCGUGUUUGGGGGGCACAUGCAUCCCCCACGGCACCAAGGACUGGACCUGCGUCUGCCUGCCCAACCACCGCUUUCAGGGCAGAUACUGUGAUCAGAAAUGGGAGGCCGUUUCGUCCAUCACAGUCGUGGGCAGCGACUGGAGGUGCAAGGACGUGUACACCGUGUAUGGCCUCACGCUGCAGCAGUUCACCGACAUGAACCCGGGUAUCGACUACUCCGCCCUCCUUCCUCAGGUUCGCGAGCUCGUGGUGAAAGAGCUGCUGCCAGCUUGCUCUGCCUUCUACUACGUCCAGCCGAAUGACACAUGCUCAUCUGUGGCUCAGUUUCUCAGCAUCACCGAGGAAAGCCUGCAGCAGCUCAACCCCGGUGUAAGCUGCUCCUCUCGCCUGCUUGCGUUCCGCUCUCUCUGUGUGGAGCGCGACACAGCCAAAGCCAAGCCGAGCUGUGAGAAUAGGAUAAAGAUUGAUCGAGUGGUGGACUUCAAGCAGGUGGCGGCAUCCAAUGGAGCCACCAUGGUGGACCUCUGCAGGCUCAACCCCUGGAUCUCCUUCCGCGAUUCCCUGCGCGACAUUGAUUAUCUUUGCGUGAGUGCUCGGUACUCUACCCCUACUCCCAGCGACACCACAGCUCCUGCCAGCAACACCACAGCUCCUUCCAGCAACACCACAGCUCCUUCCAGCAACACCACAGCUCCUGCCAGCAACACCACAGCUCCUGCCAGCAACACCAAAGCUCCUGCCAGCAACACCACAGCUCCUGCCAGCAACACCACAGCUCCUGCCAGCAACACCACAGCUCCUGCCAGCAACACCACAGCUCCUGCCAGCAACACCACAGCUCCUGCCAACACCACAGUUCCUGCCAGCAACACCACAGCUCCUUCCAGCAACACCACAGCCCCUGCCAGCAACACCACAACUCCUUCUGAGUACCCAGACGCAGAGAGUUCAAGCACCCUCGUGAUUACACCUGUGAAUGACACAUGCUCAUCUGUGGCUCAGUUUCUCAGCAUUACCAAGGAAAGCCUGCAGCAGCUCAACCCCGGUGUUAGCUGCUCCUCUCGCCUGCUUGCGUUCCGCUCUCUCUGUCUGGAGCGCGACCCAGCCAAGGCCAAGCCGAGAUGUGUGAAGAAGAUAAAGAUCGGCCGAGUGGAGGACUUCAAGCAGGUGGCGGCAUCCAAUGGAGCCACCAUGGUGGACCUCUGCAGGCUCAACCCCUGGAUCUCCUUCCGCAAUUCCAUGCGCGACACUGAUUAUGUAAGCUUGGGCACAUCUAUUGCUUCUCUAUUUUGA